AUGUAUAUAGGUUCUCCCAAAGAACAGACUCCUGCUACCACUGGAGAAGAUCAGAAUAACAGCAGUGCUGAGACAUCACCGCCUGAUGAAGGAGCAAAUGUAGAGGUCGCAACGCCAUCAUCUCGCAAGACAGUUGAGAUCUCAUUCUGGUGUAUAAUGGCGCCGCUCAUUUCCCAAAACCUGAGAACCAAUGUUUCCGCGCUAGCGCAGAAACUUGAUUCACCGAACAUCGACUACGCCAUUACGAAGAGCGCCGGCACUUAUCUGCUAGGCGUAGACCCCAAUCGUGUGAAGACGUUGAAUAUCAAUGGUCGAGGGGUCAAACUCUUCAUUCCUGAAUGGAUCUUGCGUGAAAACAUUUUAUCUCAGAAUCAGUGCCAAUGUGGUAUUAAAGAAGCAGCCGAUAUCCGUGAUAUCACGAAUAGGAUCCCUUUGGCUGUGCCGGGCAGACAGGAGCUUGAUUUCAACCGAAGCCAUGACUGUAAGAGAUUCGCGAUGUCCCGCCGCUGGGGCAAAAGAGAUCGAUCACCACCAGCGCCAUGA